AUGACCCCGAGAUCUCUACAGUUUUCUUCUUCAGUCAGCCUAUCAUCACUGCCAUCCCAUGCACUGAUGAACAGUGCGAGGUCGUCUACGUUUAUUAAUCCUCGUAUUCAAUUUGGACCUAAUAUCAAGCCUCAAAAUGCUUUCUUCUUUCAUUGUCUUCGAUCAUCCACCAUUUCCCUCCGAGUUGCGAAAGAGUCGAAUAGGACAGAGGUGUCCCCUGAUAAUGAAAGGUCAGAGGCUGACAAGAUUGUGGAUAGUAUGGACUUUGGUGAGCUUUGCAAUGAGUUUGAGUGCAUUAGCAGCCCUUUGGUUGAAUCGAGUGCCAGACAACUCGUUCGCAACAUUCUUGAACUUCGUCAAGGCAACCGGGCCAUUGGAACUUAUGCUGUUUCUGUCAGAUAUAAGGACCCAGUUCGAAGCUUUACAGGUAGAGAGAAGUACAAGAGACGGCUGUGGGCAACUGAUGCACUAGAGAAUCCCACUGUCCGUGUGCAGCAGAUGGUGAUGUUAUCAACAAGCAUGUUGAAUAUCAAGUGGACUUUGAAAGGAAAGCCCAAGUCUCCAAUUUUCUCCAUUGGUGGUGACUUGAUUGUCAAAGUGGACUCGAAAUUCACUCUGAAUCAAAUCAGUGGUCAAGUGAUCGAGCACGAAGAGUUAUGGGACUUGUUAUCGUCAUCCCUCGUUUCUCAAGCAUAUUUUUGGGCUUCGAGGAGGCUCUUUGCCUCAUUCGAAGCCUUAAACGAUUUUUCCGAUUUCAUUAAGGACCUUGCAGAUCGUGUGACAACAGAGAACAAGAACGUUGAAAUGCCUCCCGAUCCCACCGGUGAUCCAACAAAGUUUUUCCAGAGGGACGAAAGCUUUCAGAGAGAUCUGUACCAGAUUGCCCUGUUUCUGGCAAUUGUUUAUUUUGUUGUACAGUAUCUGAGAACAACCUUGUGA